CAGCCGUGUGGGAUUAUUUUAGUUGUCAUCGUGGAUGAUGGUUUGCCAGCUUUUAAAGUAGGCCUUACAAAUGCGGUGUGUCAAACAUUACAGUCUACAUGCUGCUUCACCUACAAGGCAACCACCCGACAUUGUUCGCCAAAGUGAAGGUGUGAAUGGCUGUCUCUGUAUGUGGCUGCUGGGAUGGAUUGGUGAAUGUAUCCAGGGUGUACCAACCCCCUACGCCUGGUGACUGCUGAGAUUGGGUCCAGCUCCCAGUACAGCACUGAACAGGACUACAGUAGAAGGGAGAGUAUCAGCUCUGCACAGGGAGGAGAGGAUUAGUGCAGCCACUCAGCUUAUCUGCAUACACAUUCCCAGAGAAGCACAUGAGCGCUGUGGGCUGCACCUCUUUUGUAUAAAAGCUGGCACUCCCCUCACAGUGGCUCCACUUCAUCUUCUGUCACUGCUGAAGAGAGGAUUUAUUAAGGACUACUGUUUUUGUUCUGUUGGACUUUAGCUUCAACUUUAAAAUCCUCUCUUUUGAUGGGGGGGAUGGAAGUAACAUUUUUCCAAACAAACUUUGUCUGAGCGUCUUUACCUGUGUACUUUGGUUUGUACUUUUGCUACUGGAACUGUUUGCCAGAAUUGUACACCAGCAGCAGAAUAAUGCCAUCUAAAGAGUCCUACGAGGCUCAGAAGGAAGAGAAGUCCCUGGUGCAAAAGGCCAAGCGGGAGGCCAAUCAGGAGGAUAUUCUGGCUGCUGCUCUGGGAAUGAGGAUGGGGCCACAGAAACCUCCAGCCACUUUCUGGCAACCACUUAAACUAUUUGCCUAUUCACAGCUCACAUCACUGGUUCGCAGAGCCACGCUCAAGGACAGUGAGCUGACACCCAGACCGGAGAAAGUCCACAACUUCAAGGUCCACACUUUUCGAGGACCGCACUGGUGUGAACACUGUGCCAGCUUUAUGUGGGGACUCAUGGCCCAGGGGGUCAAAUGUGCAGACUGUGGGAUGAACGUCCACAAACAGUGCUCCUCUCUGGUACCUAAUGACUGCAAACCAGACCUGAAACACAUCCGCAAAAUCUACAGCUGUGACCUCACAACGCUGGUGAGAGCCUGUAACACAGCGCGACCAAUGGUGGUGGACAUGUGCAUCCGAGAGAUCGAAUCCAGAGGACUGAAGUCUGAAGGCCUCUACAGAAUAUCUGGAUUCAGUGAUUCGGUGGAAGAAGUCAAGUCGGCGUUUGACAAAGAUGGCGAGAAGACAGACAUCUCAGUGAACGCCUAUGAAGACAUCAAUAUCAUAACGGGCGCACUCAAACUCUACCUCAGGGAUUUGCCUGUUCCUGUAAUCUCAUACGAUGCUUACCCCAGGUUCAUUGAAGCUGCCAAGGUCACCGACCCAGAGAAGAAGCUUGAAGCGUUCCGCGAGGCUCUGUCUCUGCUGCCGCCGUCACACAGUGAAACUCUCAGGUACCUCAUGGGACAUUUGAAAAGGGUGACACUGAACGAAAAGUUUAACCUGAUGAACGCAGAGAACCUGGCCAUUGUCUUUGGUCCAACCCUCCUGCGUUCACCGGACGCGGACGCCAUAACAGCACUCAACGACAUCCGCUACCAGAGACAGGUGGUGGAGAUGCUGAUUAAAAAGGAAGACGUGCUGUUCUAAACCCAGAGCAGGACUUUUGAUAGAACAGUUCUCUAAUCGUUCUCUUCUUUAAACGCUCUUCGUACUGAUACGUUUUCUAAACGCCCUGCGUAUGGACCAGUGCUGAUCUAACGUCGCUCCAAACCCGCGUGGGUGUGGACAGAUGUUCCCUUCACUUGUACGUACUCUGCUCUGUCUCCCCAUUUUUGUCGGGGGAUUUUUCAGCACUGACUCCUCAGCUGCAUGGUUGCCACGUCUUAGUUUCUCUGUAGUUGUGACCCGGCAUGGUUUUAAAGUGCUGUGAUUUUUCUUUCUGUCCUGUGUGUAGUGGUGGUGCUCCCACAUUUCCAGCUGCCUCUGUGCAAUUAUUUCUGUGAAACUUUGUAUAGCUGAACAUGAAAAGAAUAAGCUACUGAUUUUUCUGGGAUCAUUUUUAUGAUGCUGUAUUUUUUUUAGUCUCCUCAGCUGUUUUUAUGUAACUUGGAUUUCUUAGUGGAUUUCUUAGUCUUUCCUAUUUCUGAGUAAACUCUGGUCCUUUUUCCUGACUGUAACAUUUCUAUUGUCUUAAAAGCAGCCCUAUCUGUGAGCCUAAUUUUUUUUAAAUGUAAUGAUUUUGUACAGACUUGUGCAUGAUCGCUUUAAUUUAUUAAACCUUACUGUAAACUAAAUGCUUAGUGAGUCUGACUCAGCAUUUUCUUGAUCUAAAAGUGAGAUGCCUUCCUGUUUGUCACUGGUUUCUCUCCAGUAUUCUGAUUUUUCAGAACAGAGAAUGUCUGUCUCAUGUCUGUUCUGACCUUGAAGGACUGCAGGCCUGUGUGCCAUUGUCCAGCAGUGUUCCGACACUACAUUUGGAUUUCAUUUAAAAAUUUCCUUGUUAUAUUUCCCAACCAUGUCCUGAGAGCAGGGCUGGCUCGACCCAGUUUGUUUCCUCCCACAGUUCAACACACAUAUAAUUGAAUGACUGGUGGCACCGCAGAUUGCGCUCUAGGCGACUGACCACAGAGCCGGCCAUGCCUCCCAGUGGCUAGAAGAAAUACCUCCUGGUUAUGAACUCAUUGAUGAACAACAGGACACGAUGCUUAAUUGUCAUUUUUAUGGCCAUAAAUAAUCAGAUUGAUGAUGCAUUUUUGAUUGUUCAUAGCAGCCACGAAACGUAUGCCUUGAAAUAAACCCCUUAGAGCACAUCGCUCACAGUAAUCUAGUGUGUGAUUACAGCCAGGCACACAGUUCCUGGGGCAGAGUACUGUAGCACCAGGGAGUCUGUUAAUUACUGGGUAUGAGUACAAGCCAUGUCAGCUAUUAUUUAUGUGAUUCAUUUCUCAAAGUAUUCCCUUUUCAUCCAAUUUCCAAGAACAGCUAUCAAUGAUAUCAGGAUCACAUUUACCGACUAUUGAAGCUUUCACACAAACCUAGAACUAAAUAUGAACAAAUCAGUUGUUGCUCAAAUAUAAACGUGGUGUCACUGAAGCCUCUUCUUGUGUUUACCUGAAGCGUUGUCUUCCAUCUUAACCUACGAGGCCUCGGUGAAGCAAUCGCUGCUUGACAUUUAAUUGAUACGGCUGUGCGACCACAUCACACUGACUUAAUGCGAGCUGAAUUCAGUCUCGUCUCUGGUGAUUGUGAGGCAAAAUUGGAUUUUCAGCCAACCGUUUAAGCCCCCCCGCCUUCCGCCCCACCCCACCCCCAACCAUUAGUGAGAAUUUUAAACGUGCUAUACUUUUGUCUACAUUGGGUAUUGACCAUGGAGAAAAGGUAAACCGUGCCAAUAAAGAUAUUGUCCUCCCCAUCGCUCAGUCGUCUGAUGUCAGUGAUAACAGCUCGGUGGAUUAGUGUCCACUGAAUGAAUUGUGUGGUGAGUGUGCCUUAUUUAGAGUAAUGAAACAGAAUUUGAAAUGCUCUGAUCCAUGACCUCACUGACCUUUCACUAGCCAUCCCUCCUCCCCCUCUGAUGACAGCAGAUAGGAAUACAUUUCAAAUGUUUUUUUGCUCGUUUAGCCUUAGAAUCUAUCAGCAGCUGUGAGCAAAACAAAUGUUUGGGUUUUUUGAAUGGUGAUAAAAAUG